AUGUCUCUAUUGGUAAAGCUUCCGGAAGAGAUUCACGAUGAGAUCUUUCUGAAGUUACCAGGGAUGUCCAUUUUAGCAUCCAGGUGUGUAUGCAAGCUUUUUUAUGAUUUACUUUCUAAACCUAGUUUUAUCAAGAAUCAUGUUAAUCGCACUAUUCAAAGCAAGAUCAACCCUAAGCUACUGUGUUUUCAAUACCCGAAAGAAGAUAAUCCCCCUAUUAUUUGCUCUAUACCCAUAGAUUAUGCUCCAAUUUCAUCAUCAACAUCAUCCUUAUCCCCUUUAUUAUGUGAAUUUAAUGAAUCUGUUCUGCUAUCAUCUAAAUCUAACAAUAAUCAUGCUCACAGCUUUUUGGGUUCAUGUAACGGACUAGUUUGCUUAAAGAUUGAUAGAUUUUAUACAUGUGAUAUUGAAAAGGAGGAUCAUGUGCAUUACAGUAUUUUGAACCCAUUAACAGGAGAAUACAAGGAUUUCAGAACUAGUCCUCAAUUAAAGCAUAAGCAUUAUGAUCCUUUCACCGAGAACUAUGGAUUUGGUUAUGAUAGCAACCUUGAUAGUUAUAAGCUAGUAAUGAUAUCGGAUUUUGAAAAAUCUGGUUGUUUCAACAUUGAUGUUUAUACAUUAAAAUCAGAUUCAUGGAGGCGUAUUCAGGUCACCGUCAAUUACUCUUUUCGUUGUGAUGAUGGUGAAAGUUCUCGAUUUCUUAUCGGUUAUAAAGGAUCUUAUGGUGUGCUUUUCAAUGGAAGUAUUCAUUGGUUGGGAUUCUUGGCAAGUUUCCCCACCCAAGGAAAAUCGGCCGAAGUUAUAGUCUGUUUUGAUAUUAGCAGUGAGACAAUGGUGCAUAUGCCGUUACCUGAAAAUAUUGUGCCACCUAUAGAUUUUCAGGGGGAAAUGUAUAUGAAUGUGGGAGUGUGGGGACACUGCAUUUGUAUAGCUUGUGUUUGGGGAUCAGUUAGAAUUGAUGUGUGGGUGAUGCAGGAGUAUGGAGUAAAAGAAUCUUGGAUGAAAAAAUAUACCACAACCCGAAUACCAGCGGUACUACCCGGGUUCUUAAUUCCAUAUUGGCAGACGCUAUGGUGUUUCCACGGUGAAGAAAUUCUGGUAAAUAGUUGUGGUGAGGAUUUAUAUUUAUAUGAUCCAACAAAUGAAAGAGUUAGAUCAGUGGUGGUUCCUGAUGUUACUAGGACCAGUAGUCAAGAGAUUCACGCGGAGACCAUAGUCUCACUUAACUCUGGUACUUAUCUGGAGAAACAGAUUACACACCACCUUAGUUACAACGAAUACUGGGUCAUUAAGUAG